AUGCCUGGAGGUUUGGGAUCCUCCUACCGCUCCCUGACCGGUGAUGUCUACCGACCGACGACAGUCUACAAUGAAACUAAGUUUAGUGUUCUUGAGUCGAUGAAGAAAGCGUUUAGCUUCACUUCAAAUCAGAAGACUUCAGAACCACUUUUGAAUAAGGAUCAGGCAGCAGUAGUUUCAAGGAAGAUGCCUACUUCAGCUAAUGCAGAGAAAGAUGCCUUGCUCGGGUAA